GAGUACGAAGCAUUCAUCCAUUCAUCAUGCCCUCUGCAUUCACUCACGAAUUCAACACACCCGCUUUCAAGGGGAAAGUUUCCUUCAGCACCGGUCUCUUCAUUAACGGCCAGUUCCUGGAUGGUUCAGAUAAAACUACCAUUGAUGUCAUCAAUCCCACCAAUGGAAAAGUAAUAACAUCCGUGUCCGAGGGUACCCCCAAGGAUGUCGACCUUGCCGUCGACGCUGCUCAUGCAGCCUUCGAUACCACCUGGGGUCUUCAUGCCCCCGGUGCUCAGCGUAGCAUUUUAAUGUCAAAGCUUGUUGCCAUCAUGGAGAAAAAUGCAGACGAGCUUGCCGCUUUGGAGGCAUUGGACAACGGCAAGACUUUCAAUUGGGCAAGAAAUGUCGAUGUCGCUGGUUCCAUCGAUUGUAUUCGCUACUAUGCUGGUUGGGCUGAUAAGGUCACUGGUCAAGUACAAGAGACCACCGAAGACAAGCUCACCUAUACUCGUCACGAACCAAUUGGUGUCGUCGGUCAAAUCAUCCCAUGGAAUUUCCCAUUGCUCAUGAUGGCAUGGAAACUUGGCCCUGCUCUCGCAUGCGGUAACACCAUUAUUCUCAAACCGUCAGAAUUCACACCCUUGACUGCUAUCCGAAUGUGCCACCUUAUUAACGAGGCUGGCUUCCCACCCGGGGUGGUCAAUGUCAUCUCUGGUUACGGAAACACUGUCGGUAAUGCCAUCUCCUCGCAUAUGAGGAUAGAGAAGGUCGCCUUCACUGGCUCAACCCUUGUUGGUCGCAAGAUCAUGGAGUCUGCCGCGAAGAGCAACCUCAAAAACGUCACCCUUGAGCUCGGUGGAAAGAGUCCAAACAUCAUCUUUGACGAUGCAGACCUCGAACAAGCCGUCAACUGGGCUGCAUUCGGUAUCUUCUGGAACCACGGUCAGACGUGUUGCGCAGGUUCGCGUAUCUACGUACAAGAAGGCAUCUAUGACGAAUUCCUCAAGCGCUUCACGGAGAAAACUCGCUCGCUCAAGGUUGGCGAUCCAUUUGCCCCUGACACUUUCCAGGGUCCUCAGGUCUCAGAGAUUCAAUUUAACCGUAUCAUGUCAUACAUCGAAUCCGGAAAGGCAGCUGGUGCCAAGGUUGAAAUCGGUGGCGAGCGUCAUGGAACUGAGGGUUACUUCAUCAAGCCCACCAUCUUCACCAACGUCGACCCAUCGAUGAAGAUCGUCCAAGAGGAGAUUUUCGGUCCUGUUGGUGUUGUCAUCAAGUUCAAGGACGAGGAAGAUGUGAUCAAGCAGGCAAAUGACACAGUCUACGGUCUUGCUGCUGCCGUCUUCACUCAAAACCUGAACCGUGCUAUCAACACCGCCCACAAACUCAAAGCUGGAACUGCAUGGAUCAACUGCGUUAACUCGUUGCACUCCAACGUACCAUUCGGCGGUUUCAAGCAGAGCGGUAUUGGUCGUGAGCUUGGGGAGUAUGCCCUCGCUAAUUACACCGCAGUGAAGUCUGUCCACGUCAACCUCGGCCACAGGAUGUGAGCUGGAGAAAACAACAUAUAACAAGGUGUAGGCUUUAGCCUAUGCACGUGUAGUAUCUUGAAAAUCCCAUUGUAUUUACUAUCAUGCUCAAUGUAAAUUUCAAAUUCUCAU